AUGGACGACCUAAAAAAGAUAGUAGCGUACAAAGCUGUAGACGAUUAUGUGCAGUCGAAUAUGACCAUAGGGUUGGGAACCGGGUCUACGGUUUUUUACGUACUCGAGCGAAUUGAAAAAUUGAUGAAAAUCGGAAAGAUAAGGGAUGUAGUUUGUAUUCCAACCAGCAUUGACACGGAAAUAAAGGCCAGAAAUUUGGGUAUCCCUCUGACUAUCUUGAAACGAAAUUCACAUAUUGACAUAGCAAUUGAUGGAGCCGAUGAAAUAGAUCUUGACUUGAAUCUAGUAAAAGGACGAGGAGGAGCUUUAGUUCGUGAAAAGCUGGUGGCAGCAAGCGCAUCUUUUUUUAUAAUCAUCGUCGAUGAGUCAAAACUGUGUAUUAACGGGUUAGGUACUACAGGGGCAGUGCCAAUAGAAAUAUUGUCAUUUGGUUAUGAAAAAAUAAUCCAGAAUUUAAUGAAAAUAUCAUCACUGAAAAAAUGUAAAUAUAAAUUAAGGGAAAAGAAUGGAGAGGUUUUUAUAACAGAUAACAAAAAUUAUAUUGUGGAUUUUUUUUUCACAGAUCCUAUUGAGAAUUUAGCGGAAACUUGUUCAAAAAUAAAAAUGACCACAGGAGUUGUUGACCACGGGAUUUUUGUUGACAUGACUAAUGUAGCUUUGAUAGGCAAACAGGACGGGACUAUAUUAAAAUUGAAUAAAAAAUGA